AGGAAGGAGGGGGAAAGGCACCAACCAGCAGCCGCUCCAGCCCUGCCGAAGUUUCACUUUUUGUCUGUAGGUUCGCUCCCGGGCCCCGCACGAGCUUUCCCGGGAUAAGUAGCUUUAGCGAGCGGGGGAGAGCCGGGCGCUGCAAGGAAUUGAAGAGAAUCCUGACAACUAGUGUGUUGGGAGAGGCCUGAAAGAAGCUAGACCGCUGCCUGUGCUCCCAGAGCUCUUUGGGUCCCCUCUGGCCCUCAGGUGAUCUCCAGCAAGACCUCUGGUGGGAACCUUGAGGCUCAGAGGCAGGACAGAAGGUAGAAUCCAGUCACCUGAUUCCCAGUAUACUGCUUUUUUCACUGUUCUACUGGGCAGUCAUCAGUGGGAAGAUAUUUUUCUUCAAUUGAUGAGGCUUGAUGCUGGCCUGACCACAACUUCUGAUGCACUCCCCCGCUGGUCCCUUCCUCCUGCUUCAGCUCCAAGCAUGGUAUGGCAGACACUAGCAUUGCAGUUGGCUGAACCUUGGGUCCACUGACCAUUUCAGGAGUCGGCUGUCUGAGAUUCCAACAAUGUCUCAUCCAUCUUGGCUGCCACCUAAAAGUACUAGUGAGCCCCUUGGCCAUGUUCCUGCAAGGAUGGAGACCACCCAUUCCUUUGGGACCCCCAGCAUUUCAGUGUCUACACAACAACCACCCAAGAAGUUUGCACCAGUAGUUGCUCCAAAACCUAAGUACAACCCGUACAAGCAACCUGGAAGUGAGGGUGAUUUUCUUCCACCGCCACCUCCACCUCUAGAUGAUCCCGGUGUCCUCCCAUCUGGCUCUGGAAACUUUCCUCCUCCACCACCCCUUGAUGAAGGUGCUUUCAAAGCACAGGGGAAUCCUGGAGGCAAGACCCUUGAGGAGAGACGCUCCAGCCUGGACGCCGAGAUCGACUCCUUGACCAGUAUCUUGGCCGACCUCGAGUGCAGCUCUCCCUACAAGCCACGGCCUCCACAGAGUUCUACUAGUUCAACAGCCUCACCUGCAGUCUCCACCCCUGUCACAGGACACAAGAGAAUGGUCAUCCCAAACCAGCCGCCUCUUACGGCAACCAAAAAGUCUACAUUGAAACCACAGCCUGCACCCCAGGUUGGACCCAUCCCUGUGGCUCCAAUUGGAACACUCAAGCCCCAGCCUCAGCCAGUCCCAGCCUCCUACACCACGGCAUCCACCUCUUCAAGGCCCACCUUCAAUGUGCAAGUGAAGUCAGCCCAGCCCAGUCCUCAUUACAUGACUGUACCUUCAGCAGGACAAAUUUAUGGUCCAGGACCCCAAGGAUAUAACACUCAGCCAGUCCCUGUCUCUGGGCAGUGUCCACCUCCUUCAACCCGGGCAGGCACAGAGUACACAUAUAUUCCACCACCAGGAUUUCAGCCUGAGCCUGGGUAUGGGUAUGCUCCCAACCAAGGACGCUAUUAUGAACCCUAUUAUGCAGCAGGGCCUGGCUAUGGGGGCAGAAAUGACUCUGAUCCUGCCUAUGGUCAACAAGGACACCCAAAUACCUGGAAGCGGGAACCAGGGUACACUGCUCCUGGAGCCGGGAACCAGAACCCUGCUGGGAUGUAUCCAGUCACUAGCCCCAAGAAGACCUAUAUCACAGAUCCUGUUUCAGCUCCCUGUGCACCACCCCCACAGCCAAAGGGUGGACAUACAGUGUCGAUGGGGCCUUCAUCUGUUCCCCCUUCAUUCCGUCCAGAAGAUGAGCUUGAGCACCUGACCAAAAAGAUGCUGUACGACAUGGAAAAUCCACCAGCUGACGAAUACUUUGGCCGCUGUGCUCGCUGCGGGGAAAACGUAGUUGGAGAAGGUACGGGAUGCACUGCCAUGGAUCAGGUGUUCCAUGUGGAUUGUUUUACCUGCAUCAUCUGCAACAAGAAGCUACGAGGGCAGCCCUUCUAUGCCGUGGAAAAGAAAGCAUACUGCGAGCCCUGCUACAUUAAUACUCUGGAGCAGUGCACUGUGUGUUCCAAGCCCAUCAUGGAGAGGAUUCUCCGAGCUACUGGGAAAGCCUAUCAUCCACACUGCUUCACCUGUGUGAUGUGCCACCGCAGCCUGGACGGGAUCCCCUUCACCGUGGAUGCUGGCGGGCUCAUUCACUGCAUUGAGGACUUCCACAAGAAAUUUGCCCCCCGAUGUUCUGUGUGCAAGGAGCCUAUCAUGCCGGCCCCAGGCCAGGAAGAGACUGUCCGUAUUGUUGCUCUGGAUCGUGAUUUCCAUGUUCACUGCUACCGGUGUGAGGAUUGUGGUGGUCUCCUGUCUGAAGGAGAUAACCAAGGCUGCUACCCCUUGGAUGGACAUAUCCUCUGCAAGACCUGCAACUCUGCCCGCAUCAGGGUGUUGACCGCCAAGGCGAGCACUGAUCUUUAGAUUCAGUCGCCCAUUAGUUGGUUAGCAGAUGGCGCUGAGAAGAGCAAAAUGCAGGAAAAGAAUAAGAAAAGCAAUAGAAAAAUAGAGGAAAGGCAAGCGAGCUAUGGGAUGGUCUCUGUUCUUCAUAUGCUAUUAACUUUUCUUUAGAAACACAUAGAUUAUGAGAUUUUUUUUUCUAAGUUCUUACCAAAUACACAUUUCACAUCUAAUCAUGUAGGCCUUUGAUGGGCCUUUGUUCCCAAGGACUUCCACAUUUUUGCACGGAUUAUGCUCCAUCCCAUUCACUUCUGCAUUCCUGUAACUUUUAAUCCCUAUGUUUGUCUCACUUUUCAUCUGGUUGACUGGCUUUUUUUAGUGUGGUAUUUGCUGUCGCACAGUUUUUCCUGGGUGAGUCGGCCAACUCACAGGUGCUUUUAGGCUUCAAGUCUCCAUCCUAGCACUUCCACGUUGCCUGUGAUUAUAAAGGUUAGCCAUGCUUUUGCUGUGUAUUGAAAAGUAUAUUUUUCUGUUGCUUUGCACCACUCACGUCCCUUGGGGAAAAAAAAAUGCACACUUUCUAUGUUAGACUACAAAGAAUUUAAGUUGUAAAUUACAUAAGUUAAAUCAAGCCCAAAUUUGAUUUGAAACCAUCCAAAUUCAAAAUCUGUAUUGACCAGUAAUCAGGUCUCAUUUGAAAACAGUUAUUGGCCCAGAGCUAAUGAGUGGUGAAAGAGAACCACACUUCAGUCUUUUUCUAAAGAAAUUACAGGUGGGAUAUGUUGGGAUAAACAUUUUGAGGAUAUGUUUGAAAAUUAUUAUCCCAAAAUAUUAUUAUCCCACAAUAUUACCUUGAGAUUUUCCUUUUCCACACUAUCUGGAUAUAAUAAUACAAAGUUGGUUUUGUCUAGGAUAUAACAUUUCUAAUACUUAAAAAAAUAUUGUUAUAUUUU